AUGAUGAAGACGCUACUAUCGGUCCCCCUUUACUUGUUACUCUUGGAUGGUGUAUCGAGUACAUCUGUACUUUUGACAGCAACUGCAACGCCGCAGUAUUUCACGUCGCCAAAUUAUCCUUCGAACUACCCCAGCAAUGUGGAUGACACCAUCCGAAUUAUAAGUUCCCGCCCAGACUGGAAAGUGGCAAUCGAGUUCACUGAUUUCCGGCUUGAGAGCAGUUCUUCCUGCACGUAUGACAAAUUGAAGAUUUACGAUGGUGAACCCAUUUAUUCUUCACUGGAGGGAACUCAUUGCGGCUACAAUGAACCGGAUCACUUGUUCUCGUCUAGCAAUAAGGCGUCAAUGGUGUUUAAAACUGAUAGUUCCGGCCAAUACAAAGGAUUUCGAUUCAAAUAUUUUGCAUCCGAAGACUACCCAUUUGAAGAUGAUUCAGUUUUACGUUCCACUCUUAUCCUAUAUAUUUGCCUCGGAGUCUUCAUUCCCAUUGGUGCCAUUCUCUUCUUGAUCUUCAUCGUCUUCCUCUGCUACCACGCUGGGAAGAGCAAGAGGACACGGGUAGCUGAUAUGAGAAUUGGACAACAAAACAUGAGAGCUCAAAUGAUCAACGCUCAUCACGUCCAAGGUGGUCAUCAUGUCAUACCGGUUCACACCAUCAGCGGUCCGAGUGCACCAAUGCAACAACAACCACCAAUGUACGCCCCACCUCCUUACGACACUAUGGAUUAUUCCACCAGUGGAGUUCCUCCACCUUUCAACUACCUCGACCCCGAUUCCAGCCACGACAAAAACCAGCGACUGUUUUCUUUUUAA